AUGGCCAGCAUCGGGAUGCAGCUGAAUCUGAUGGAUAAUUUUCACCCCCUGACCGUGCUUAGCAAGCUCAACGAGCAGCGCUCACAAGACCUUUUUUGCGAUGUGACUAUUGUGGUGGAGGAUGUGAAGUUCCGCGCCCACAAGAACAUUCUGGCAGCUUGCAGUGGCUACUUCAAGAACGCUCUGACGUGUGAGGCACGGACUACCUGCCAGGUGUUGGAACUGAUGGACCUUAAGUCUGAGGUUUUUGCCUGCGUCUUGAACUUUAUUUACUCCUCAAAGGUUAUAUGGCCUUGUGACAGCAGCCAGGAGUUAAUAUCAGCAGGGAAAAGACUUGGUAUAUCUUUUUUAGCAAAGCUCACAGACCCAGAAAGACCAGACAAAACUCAGAAUUUACCAGAAUGUGUUACAGCCACAAACUGCAGCACAGCCACUGUGCUUAAAAAAAAUCUGGAUGAAGCCACUAGGCUUGUGGAGCUUGAUGGUGGCAGAGGACCACGAAUUACCAAUGCCUUCUCUAUCACUGAAGGGUGUCCUGGGAACAAUCCAUUCACCCGUGAGGACGAGGCGAGGCAGUCACCAGAUGAGGGGCAACUCCCUUCAAGUUGCACAACAUCCUCCUGCCUUAAUGGGAUCAAUAAAAGCACCUACAUGUUUUCAGAUCAUUCAUAUGCUGUUAUUCAAGUCACUGAAAAAAAAGGUCAGCCCAAUCAAAGGGAUAGCAAAGGGUCUAAAUCAGAAACAUUACAGGCCAAACAACUAACUUACCAGAAUACAGGCCCGCUCAAAAAGCGCCACAGGUUGAGAGGUACUUUGUUUCCAACACAAAGUGAACCACUGACUGAUAAACCAAAUACUUCAGCACCUCCACUCUUCCCAGAGGCAGACAAAGACAAGCCUGUAAAUGCAGUCGUUUCUUUGGCCAACGGCCACGUGCAGAAGGAGUCUUGUCCUCCGACGCUCUCCCCACACGCGGAGAACAGCGUCUCAAUCUAUGGGUGUGAGCACUGUCCGGAAAUUUUCCCAAAUGAAGCUCUUCUCGCCAUUCACUCCAAUGUACAUAAAAAGAGUUCCAUUCGUCAUUUGUUUUGCAGGUUUUGUGACAAAAAAUUCAUACGACCCAAACGGCUACGCAACCAUGAACAGAACUGUCCAAAGGUAGGGAGAGGGAAGUCUGAACUAGAGUCCAGUGAAAUAGCUGUCACAGAGGUGGACCUCCAUUCAGGUAGCGUGUUGAGGGAGGAAAACAUCAAGACUGACCUUUUUUCUAUUGACACGGCCGCGACCAAGCCCCUUUUUCCAGAUGAAAACAUAAAAAUGCCAGGCGGCAGUCAGAGGAGAUACCCCUGCAGUGUAUGUAAACGUGUGUAUAUAACAUUUUCCAGUCUGAAGCGGCAUGAGAAUGUACAUUCCUGGCAGAGGGCUUAUCCCUGUCAUUAUUGUAAUAAAGUGUUUGCACUGGCAGAGUACCGUACCAAGCACGAAAUCUGGCACACAGGCGAACGCCGCUACCAGUGUAUUUUUUGCUUGGAAACAUUCAUGACAUAUUACAUCUUGAAGAACCAUCAGAAGUCUUUUCACGGGAUUGAUCCCACACUAGCCAUGAAGCGAAAAUCUGCCAAUGGCGGUCUGAAAGCCAGUGUUUACCCAAUCAAACUCUACAGACUACUGCCUAAGAAGUUCAGGAAAAGACAAUACAAGACUUACAGUCAGACAUUCUCAGAGGGUGAAGAAGGAGACUAUCAAGCUCCACUGGAGGAAGGAAGCAGCCAUCCUGACGGUGUUCCAUUGCCUUUAACAUUCAUGGCAACGCCAAUGAUGGUAGCACCCUUUAUGCCUCGCAUCAGCGUUGAUCACAAGAAAGGUACAGGUAAAGAUGUUGAGAAGGAAAGUUCACCCUUCAUUAACUUUGACACUGCGGUCCCUUCGCAAACGGAUCCGGAGUCAUCCACAGUGAACAAUAACCCUCUAGAUGCAAUCAGUCAAAAUGUGACAUUCCUAAACUCACUGAAUACGGUUGACAAGCUCAGUGAGUUAUCAGCUUCUGCAAAAAGAGUUGAGAAAAUGACCAAGGAAAUGCUACAGUCAAGUACUGAGAAUUUGAGGCUCGAUAAGACCGCCGGACCCAAAACGGCAACCUACAUUGCCAAACCUGUAUGCCCGGGUCCAUCCGCAGAUGGUGACGCGAUGCCACUCUGCCAGAUAACUGUGAAAAUAGGUGAUGAGGCCAUCAUCCGCCGCAGAAUCAAGGGCUCCAAGCUCUUCCCACGAAGGAAAAGGAAAAUUAGAAAGCUGGAGUUGGAGGGCCAUAGCCAACUCCAUUCAACAAGUGACACAUUAGAGAGCCCAAGGCUUCGCCUCAGACCAGAGAUCGCUGGUAUGAUGUCAGAGGCAAUUGAUGAGCCCAAUGAUUUAGACAUGGCUGACAUGCCCUGGCGUCCCUACUAUUCUUACAAAUCAAAAAAGAAUAGGAAAAAGCUGAGAUACAAACACAGGCAUGCUUUAUUUCACCAUUACAAUGACACAGUUAGAACUGACGUCAGUGCCGGUGAGACACGACUGGACAGUAUGCCGACAGCAGACAGUAUCUUAGGUGGGAGUGGAGAAUCGAAACGGCUUCACAAAAGUUGCAGCCCAAGGACAACCUACAAUUGUGACAUUUGUGACAGCUCUUUUAUCACAGAGACCGGUUUAAGAGCACACGUAAUUGGUUCCCAUCCAUAUUUCUGUCGUACUUGUGGUAAACAAGGUCCCCCAGGGGAGACGCCCGGUGGCAAUGAUUACAUCUGCAACAGCUGUAUGGAAAAUGGCUCCUGCUUUGAUAAUUCCCCCCGUAGCCCCAACCCAGAGAAGAAGUUUCGCUGCUCCUUCUGUCCUCAGCGGUUUCUCUACCUUGCCACCAAGAAAAGCCACGAGAAGAAACACCAGGAGGCAACUGGAGAGGGUUACACCAGUCCACCAUGUUCCGAAUAUUUGGAUAACCAGAGCGAAGACAACAACCAAAACUACAUCAAAACCGAGGAGGAUGACAAUCAAAUAAGUCCUGGAAUAAAAAUAGAGGAAAAGGGACAUUUUCCAAUUACAAAGCCUAUAACUGAGGACACGCAUCCGGACAUGACGUACACCCUCAUUAAAAGUUCUUUACCAUCCCACACUGAGACACUGUUCAAUUCGACACCUUCUAAAAUAAAACGUAAAAUGACAAAAAAAAGCAAUCCUCCACAAUCUAUGCAUGCCGGCUCAAAACAGGUAGUCCAAAACAUGGACACUGAUCGAAACAAGGACAGCUUGGAAACAAAAAGCCUAAAUGAUCCCCAGAAGUCCUGCAAACAACAGUCAAAGACGAAUGCCUCGGACUCUAAAGACGACGACAUAUCUGCGCACAAGCCCGAGAAAUGGGUGUGUAAAGAAGAACCCUCUUUCUAAAACCCUUUAAAAGCCUCCCAGAGGGGCAAGAGAGAAAGUGAAUGACACCAAACGUUUAGUCACUGCUUUGAGUGGUAAAAAGUAAAACUUUGUAGCAGAACUUAAUGUUUCUAAAACAAACACUGAACAGAAAUGCCUAGUGUCUGCUGGAAUGUUAUCCUAUUCUGAACGGAGUGACUUUUCUAACUUAUAGAUGUUUUGCCGAUCUUCUCACAGACACGGACUGUAUUUUAUUGUCUAUGCAUUGUUUGGGAAAUGUUCACAAAGUAUUCCCCAAAGUUUUUUGAUGAUCAAUAGUAUGCAGUUAACCGUUAAUUGCAACAUCUUAACUGUAUGUGGUGGGGGGAAAAAACUCACAUUUCUUGCUCUCCCAUUCCAUUAUAAUUGAACUUGGUAUGUUGCACUUUAUACUCUCACGCGCUUGUUGAAAAAAACAAAAAAAAAGACAUGUUAUUUUGUUCUAAACGUUAUCCUUUUGUGUUUUGAAUACGCAAUUAAAGUUCCUACUUUGUUGUGUUUGAUAUACACCGGACGUAUUAACCUUGUAAAGUUAUUUAAAUAAAUAUUAUUCAUAUAUUAAA